AUGGCUCCUAGAGUCGCAGCGGAAAUCAGUUUUGAGCAAAACACCAUUUGCAAUCCACAAUAUGUGUUUGAUCAUCACAAGCCUGUCAAGCUUGCCGGUUACAUGAUGGAUGCCGAGUGGGAAGAAUUCGUUGAGGACAUUGAAAACACCUUGGUACCAGCCAAGAAAUUCCAGAGAUCAAUAACGGCUAUUUCAGCAACGUUCCUUGUUCUUUACAUUGUUAUCCUCAUCUCAUCCUUGACUAUUCUAAAAGAGGUCGAACCCUCAGUUAUCCAGUUGAGCGUCAUGAUUGCCGUCAAUGCUCUCUUUAUUCUCUCGCUCUUUCGCGCGGAGAAAGGUGUGAGGGAUUUGGCCAAGCGAAGGCUGCGAAAGGUGCUCGUUGCAGCUGGCGCAAAACACUCAAAGCUGUCGUUUGCACUCAAGCAACAAGAGCGUGGAAAAGGAAUCUUCAUGUACCUUGAAAUUUGUAUUCUGGAGCCCCUUGCAGCCCAUGGCGGAUGGGACGAGGGGAGUGACGGGGAAGUGGUUUUGAACCUGGAAAUGGAAGAGAUAGAAUCCGCAUGA